AUGACCAAGACGAAGACCAAAUCCAAGUUCAAGACCAAGAUCAAAUCCAGAGUCAAGUCCAAGACUAAGACCAAGAUCAAGAACAAGACCAAAUCCAAGGCCAAGACCAAGAUCAAGAUCAAUACCAAGACCAAAGCCAAGACCAAAGCCAAGACCAAAGCCAAGACCAAGACCAUGAUCAAAACUGAGAACCAGACCAAGACCAAAUUCAAGACCAAGACUAAGAACAAGACCAAGAUCGAGAUCAAGACCAUGACCAAGACGAAGACCAAAUCCAAGUCCAAGACAAAGAUCAAAUCCAAAGUCAAGUCCAAGACCAAGAUCAUGAACAAGACUAAAUCUAAGACCAAGACUAAAACCAAGAUCAAGAUCAUGAUCAAAACCAACACCAAAACCAAGACCAAGACCAAGAUCAAGAUCAAGAACAGGACUAUGACCAAGACAAAGACCAAACCCAAGUUCAGGACCAAGACCAAAAUCAAGACCAAGAUCAAAUCUAAGACCAAAACCAAAACCAUGACCAAGACGAAGACCAAAUCCAAGUCCAAGAUAAAGAUCAAAUCCAGGGUCAAGUCCAAGACCAAGACCAAGAGUAAAUCCAGGGCCAAGUCUAAGACCAAGACCAAUACUGCCGCCUUCGCAAUCCACUAA